AUGGUGGUGUUCUCGAGCAGCAGCUGCCCAUUUUGUCAGAAAGCUUUGGCGGCUCUUCGUGAUGCAGGCUACUCCCCGAAGGUCGUGGAAGAUUUCGACCGAAGCGCCCUAGGUGCCAAAUGUGGCUCCACAAGCGUCCCCAAGGUCUUUGUCAAGCAGAACUUCAUUGGAGGCUGCAACGACGGUGGAAUGGGAGGGACCUUACCCCUCCUCAAAAACGGCAAGAUCAAGGAGCAGACGAUACGCAUCGAGUACAGCGAGCCAGGCAGUCUGAACAAGGGAGAAUUUGAUUUGGUCAAGAUCUCUUCGUGGAACGGACAUCGCAUAGUGACAAAGACGUACGGCAAUUGCAAGGUCGACUAUUCCGUGACAUGUGUGGGAAAGACGGUGGCGCUGGUGUUGGAAGACUCCUGUGGUUCUCGGAGUGACAGCAGGUCUAUAUCUGAAUACCGGCAAACGAAGCUGCACACCUCUUCGUUCACAAUGUCGCACUUUAUGAGAGACCCUGAUAAAGAGAUCGAACUGCAUCUUCCCAUCAAGAAGCGUCUGGUGAUGCGAAGCGAUGGGUCCAGGGUCAUUUUCAGGCGGAUCCAGCCUCUUUCGCUGGAGGAGCAGCUCAAGAAUCCGAGCCAGCUGCGGUUCUUCGCGAGCGUUCCACGCCUAGCCAGCUGUCUUCCAGAACCUGGCGACGACAUCUUUCGCACCAGCAAGAACACAAGCAGCUUCAGUGCACAAAAGUGCUCCGCCUGCCACAACUUCCUCGAGUCGGGUUUGAAGGACAUGGGGCCGUGCACUGCUGCGGAGACGAUUGCAGGCCGUGUCCGGUGCCACCAGUUUGCCGGCAAACUAAAGAAGGAGGAUGAAGGUGUUCUGGAAACUCUGAAGCACAGCAUGGAGCACCGUGGGAACGACCUCACCAUCGAGCUGGCUUGGCAAUUGGGUUGCCAGGAUUUGGGUUGUUGUCCCUUGGAUCCUGACACUGCAGAGAUGCUUGCUACACAGGCCACACAUUCUCAAGCCGUGGAACAGUUCGCCGAAGCAGACAGGGCCAGGCGGAAGCAGGAGUUGAAGGACCUCAAGACGGAAGGGCUUGCAGAGCAUGUCCUGGACGACCCGAGCAAACGACGCCAAUUGGAGGUCCUCUUAAAAAUGAAGGCCGGAUAUGCCCGAAAGCAGUUGAAGCUGGAGAGGCAGAACGAGACGCAGGAGGACAGCGGUUCAAACGUUUCGUCGCCGACCGUCGACAUCGUAGCUUCCCAUGCCAAGGUGCCGGUCGAGGAUGAAGAUUGCCGCUGGAACUAUCGAAAGAGCCGGUGCGAACCGAAGUACGCCUGCGUCUACAAGUUUCGUUUCGGAGACUACCAGCUUGGUCACAGCUGCCGGCUGAAAGUGGACAAGUUUCGGCCAACCAGUGACGAGGACUGCCUCUGGGACUACAAGGAGGUCAGAUGCAGAAAUCCGCAGUUCUGCUCUCGUCAAUGCAACAUUGCGAGGGACCGGACCUUGGACAUGUGUUGCAAGCUGCGCAAGAACAAAACCGUGGAGCCCAACUCUGAAGAGCCUGAGAUGGCCACGGGCACGACAACGAGCAUCCCCAUCGAUGGGUUCGAGGAAGACGUAGACGAUGAGAUAGGACUACAAGCCGAUCCGGAAGAUGAGGGUCCUCUUUCAGAUGAAGACGACCGCUGGCUGAACGAAAUCGUGAGAGAUCUGGCAGCCGAUGACGACAUCGGGCUCGAAGCGGACUCUGAGCAGGUGGAACAGGAGGAAAGCCAUGGUGAAAAUGAGGACAUCGGCCUUGGAGCUGACGAGUCUGAGACAGACGAUGGCAAUGCAGGGGAGAAGGGUGGCGAAGACGAAGGCAACUGCAGAUCCCAAUCCGAUCGAACAAUCCUGAAGGGGAGUGAUGUACCGGCGCAGCUGGAGAAGAUCGGGACAGACAGCUGGAGAAUCUAUAGGAUCGUCAGGGAGAAGUCGCUGAAGUUGCACCAGGAGAGGUUCAACAUGCUUCGUGGACGUGUCCGACUGCAGUGUGAAGAAUUGCUUGUCCUUGCUCGCCAGGAAAAGAUCACCCUGAUUCUGUGGCGUGUAUCGAGGAGCACUGCACACCUGCUCUUCUUCAGUGCAGCGGCCUUCCAAAGGAAGCGCACCUUGGAUGAACUCGAUGGCUGCAAGCUAAAUUACAAAAAGACUGUGCCUGCCUUUGCCCUUGGCGGAGAGUGCUUCGACAUUUCUGGUUGGACUCUGCUGAGCGAGAAGUCCAUGUACCCUUGCGGGCUUUUGCUGAAUCUGUCGGCCUCUUCAGCUUGCACCGCUGGCGAUGAUGAAAAGAUAGCAGCACAGCUGGUGGUCAGGUCGUCCUCAGCGUUGUUGGAGAGUGAGUUGGCAGAGGAGUUCUUUGACGUCCCCGAUGUGGUUGAGCGCGCCAUUGCUGUAAGAAGAGAUUUGCAGCACGUGCUUCUGCAGUGGAAAGCUCCGCGUGACAACAACCGGUGCAUUACGCACUACGCCGUUCGUGCUUGGCCCUGGCAGCUCGCUGUCCAAGGAAGUACAGAUGUCGACAAGGCGAAACAAGUUCAGUUAACCGCUGAAGACGUGGCCUGUGGAGAGGGCGACGAUGAGGAUGUCAACUGCGCAUACCUCCUCGAAGCCCUUCCUGGCAUGCCAGCGGCCGAAGACCGGCCGCUGUUGGAUUGCCAGCGCUUGCCAAGGGCAUGCUGGGUGUCGGUGCGAGCUGCCAACGCAGAGGGAUGGGCAGAGUGGUCGCAGCCAGGCCUGGUGCUCUUUCAGGAGCAGGUAUUUGGAGAAGAUGCCGGUUCAGCAGAGGCGAGUCUUGGGGCUCGACUCCUUUCUUGGGGCGCAAGUGAGGAUGGACGCCUUGGCAGAGGUAUUGAUGCCAUUAGUCGCGGGGUUUGUGCUGAGGCUGACGUUGUGCCUGGCUUCAACACGUGCCGCCUGACCUCGCUGGCAGCAGGAGCUCACACUGCUGCAGUGAGCCCCGCAGAUCGCUUGUACGUCUGGGGCACUUUCCUUGCGGAAGAAAGCGCCGGACACAGUGUUGUGGAGGAGGACGAGGAGGUUGAGAUGCUUGCUGAGCCAGCCGUCCAACCCACCACUUUCGUCGUUCACGAUGUCCGCUGCGGCCGAUUUGCCACGGCCGUGCUUACGGCGGAGGGCUCCCUCUAUGCAUGGGGUCCGAACGAAGGACAUCAAUGUGGAGUGCCGACCGAGGCUCCAGUCGUGAAGGCUUUGACACAACUGAAGGUGCCGCGCAAAGUUCCAGUUGUCCAGCUGGCACUUGGCGAGUUUCAUGGGCUUGCGUUGACUGCAGAAGGGAGUGUACUGGCUUGGGGCGAAGCCCAGGGCCCAGAAGCGAGGCUUGCCAGCAUGGCCUUGGAAGACCCGAAGCUCCGCGGCCUGCUGCCAAGCAGCAUUAGCUUCAAGCAGCCAGAGCCGCGCUUGCUUGACAUCCCAAAAGUGGUGACAGCAAUCGCGGCCGGGGGCUACCACAGCGCAGCAAUAACGGAGGAUGGAAUGCUAUGGACCUGGGGCAGCAACAGCUACGGCCAGCUUGGCCUCGAUUGCUCACGUGCGGAACUGCCUGAGGCGAACGCUCCCCGACCUGUUCAGUUUUUUGGUCAUGCAGGCCUCCUGAAGGCUGUGAAGGUGUCGCUGGGCGGCUUCCAUUCUGCUGUGGUCGACGAAGAGGGUGCCCUCUUCACGUUUGGCGAUAAUCGGAGAGGUCAGUGUGGCCAAGGCUCAUUGGCCACACUUCCAAAGCCCACGGCGCUCCCUUUGUCAGGCCGCUGUGUCGGAGUCAGCUGUGGAGGCUUCUUCUCGUUCUUUGAGGUGGAGUCUGAGAGUGGGCCCUCGUUGAUGGUCAGCGGCUGGGGCAAGGAGGGUUGCCUGGGCUUCGGUAUGCCCUGCAAGCGGCUGCUGCAGCCCCGACCGGUGAGGCCGCCGCAAGGCUCGCGUUGGCUGUGCCUACGUGCUGGUGUGGCUCAUGUGGUCGCGCUCGUACGCUGA